GGCAGCCGCCGGCGAGGUGUCUGUGAGGAGCAAUAGAGAACUGUGGACAAUUCUGCUUGGAAGGUCAGCUCUGAGAGAGCUGAAUCAGAUUGAGGCAGAACUGAAUAAACAUUGGCAGCGACUGCUGGAGGGGCUUUCUUACUACAAACCCCCCAGUCAGAGUUCAGCUGAAAAAGUGAAAGCAAAUAAAGACGUAGCUUCAGCAUUGAAGGAGCUGGGUUUAAGAAUCAGCAAGUUUUUGGGUCUUGAUGAAGAACAGAGUGUACAGUUACUUCAGUGUUACCUUCAAGAGGAUUACAGGGGUACUCGGGGCUCAUUGAAGACGGUAAUACAAGACGAGAGGCAGAGCCAGGCCUUGAUUCUGAAGAUUGCAGAUUAUUACUAUGAAGAAAGAACCUAUAUUCUUCGUUGUGUCUUACACCUUCUUACUUAUUUCCAAGAUGAAAGGCACCCCUACAGGGUUGAAUAUGCAGACUGUGUUGAUAAAUUAGAGAAGGAGCUAGUUUCAAAAUACAGACAGCAGUUUGAAGAGCUUUAUAAAACUGCAGCACCAACAUGGGAGUCACAUGGAAACCUCAUGACUGAGCGCCAAGUGUCUCGCUGGUUUGUUCAGUGCCUUCGGGAACAAUCCAUGCUGCUAGAAAUUAUUUUCCUUUAUUAUGCUUACUUUGAAAUGGUACCAAGUGACCUAUUGGUGUUGACUAAGAUGUUUAAAGAGCAAGGAUUCGGUGGCAGGCAGACCAAUAGGCAUCUGGUGGAUGAGACCAUGGAUCAUUUUGUGGAUCGGAUUGGCUACUUCAGUGCCCUUAUUCUGGUGGAAGGCAUGGAUAUUGAAUCCUUGCACAAGUGUGCUCUGGAUGACAGGAGAGAACUGCACCAGUUUGCCCAGGAUGGGCUUAUUUGUCAGGAUAUGGACCAUUUGGUGUUGACCUUUGGGGACAUUUCUCAUCAUGCCCCUGUACUUUUGUCCUGGGCUCUCCUCCGUCACACCCUGAGCCCAGAAGAGACGAGCACUUUGGUUCGGAAAAUAGGGGGCACAGCCAUCCAGCUCAAUGCAUUUCAGUACUUGACCCAGCUCCUCCAGUCACUCGCCAGUGGGGGAAAUGAUUGCACCACCAGCACUGCAUGCAUGUGCAUCUACGGACUCCUCUCCUUCGUCCUGACCUCGCUGGAGCUGCACACGCUGGGCAAUCAGCAGGAUAUAAUUGACACAGCAUGUGAAGUUCUGGCAGACCCUUCUCUUCCAGAACUAUUUUGGGGAACAGAACCGACCUCUGGUCUUGGGAUCAUUCUGGACAGUGUGUGUGGAAUGUUUCCCCAUCUCCUUUCCCCACUCUUGCAAUUGCUCCGCGCCCUUGUGUCAGGGAAAUCCACUGCCAAAAAGGUAUAUAGCUUCUUGGAUAAGAUGUCUUUCUACAAUGAACUCUAUAAGCACAAGCCCCAUGAUGUGAUCUCUCAUGAAGAUGGAACUCUCUGGCGCAGACAGUCACCCAGACUUCUGUACCCUCUGGGAGGUCAAACCAACCUUCGCAUACCUCAAGGCACCGUGGGCCAAGUCAUGCUGGAUGAUAGGGCUUAUCUAGUACGUUGGGAAUAUUCCUACAGCAGUUGGACCCUCUUCACUUGUGAGAUUGAAAUGCUGCUUCAUGUUGUUUCAACUGCAGAUGUGAUUCAACACUGCCAGCGCGUCAAGCCUAUAAUUGAUCUGGUUCAUAAGGUCAUCAGUACCGAUCUAUCGAUUGCUGACUGCCUCCUGCCAAUCACAUCUCGCAUCUACAUGCUGCUGCAGCGGCUAACGACUGUGAUCUCCCCCCCUGUGGAUGUCAUUGCUUCGUGUGUCAAUUGUUUGACUGUUUUGGCUGCCCGGAAUCCAGCAAAGGUCUGGACUGAUCUUCGUCAUACAGGGUUCUUACCAUUUGUGGCUCACCCUGUCUCCAACAUGAGUCAGAUGAUUAGUGCGGAAGGUAUGAAUGCUGGAGGCUAUGGAAGCCUCUUGAUGAACAGUGAGCAACCCCAAGGGGAGUACGGGGUCACCAUUGCCUUUCUGCGCUUGGUCACUACUCUUGUCAAGGGGCAGCUGGGUAGUACCCAGAGCCAAGGGCUUGUGCCUUGUGUCAUGUUCGUGCUGAAGGAGAUGCUCCCCAGCUACCACAAGUGGCGCUAUAACUCCCACGGAGUGAGAGAGCAGAUUGGUUGCCUGAUCUUGGAGCUGAUCCAUGCAAUACUGAACCUGUGCCACGAGACAGAUCUGCACAGCAGUGACACACCCAGCCUUCAGUAUCUCUGUGUCUGCAGUCUGGCCUACACAGAAGCAGGACAGACAGUUAUCAAUAUCAUGGGCAUUGGCGUGGACACCAUUGACAUGGUAAUGGCAGCUCAUCCCCGAAGUGACGGGGCAGAGGGCCAGGGACAAGGCCAGCUGCUGAUUAAGACUGUGAAACUGGCAUUCUCCAUUACCAACAAUGUUAUCCGGUUGAAGGCUCCCUCUAAUGUGGCAUCCCCCCUGGAGCAAGCUCUCACACAACAUAAUGGUGCCCAUGGAAACAACCUGAUUGCUGUUCUAGCCAAAUACAUCUACCACAAGCAUGACCCUGCUCUGCCACGUCUUGCCAUCCAGCUGCUGAAACGUUUGGCCACGGUGGCCCCAAUGUCGGUGUAUGCCUGCCUGGGCAGUGAUGCGGCUGCUAUUCGUGAUGCCUUCCUGAUCCGACUGCAAAGCAAGAUUGAGGAUAUGCGCAUCAAAGUCAUGGUCCUGGAAUUCCUCACAGUGGCAGUGGAGACCCAGCCGGGCCUCACUGAGCUGUUUCUGAACCUGGAGGUGAAGGACGGCAGUGAUGGUUCUAAGGAAUUCAGCCUUGGCGUGUGGAGCUGUCUACAUGCGGUGCUGGAGCUGAUUGACUCCCAGCAGCAGGAUCGAUACUGGUGUCCACCCCUGCUGCAUCGGGCCGCCAUCGCCUUUCUGCAUGCCCUGUGGCAGGACCGCCGCGACAGUGCCAUGCUGGUACUCCGAACUAAGCCCAAGUUUUGGGAGAAUUUAACCAGCCCGCUCUUUGGAACCCUUUCUCCUCCUUCAGAAACCUCUGAGCCCAGCAUCCUGGAAACCUGUGCCCUAAUUAUGAAGAUCCUUUGCUUGGAGAUAUACUAUGUUGUUAAGGGCUCACUGGACCAGUCAUUAAAAGAUAGGCUCAAGAAGUUUUCCAGUGAAAAACGCUUUGCCUACUGGUCAGGUUUUGUCAAGUCCUUGGCCGUUCACAUGGCAGAGACAGAAGGCAACAGCUGUACCUCUUUGGUCGAGUACCAGAUGCUGGUCUCUGCCUGGCGGAUGCUUCUCAUCAUUGCCACCAGUCACGUGGACAUAAUGCACCUGACCGACUCUGCAGUGCGUCGCCAGCUCUUUCUUGAUGUGCUUGAUGGGACCAAAGCCUUGCUCCUCGUUCCAACUUCAGUGCACUGCCUCCGCCUUGGCUCCAUGAUGUGUACUCUGCUGCUGAUCCUCCUCCGGCAAUGGAAGAGAGAGUUAGGUUCUGUGGAUGAUAUUCUGGGCCCCUUGACGGAGAUCCUAGAGGGAGUGCUGCAGGCAGACCAACAGCUCAUGGAGAAGACCAAGGCCAAGGUGUUUUCCGCAUUCAUCACCGUGUUGCAGAUGAAGGAGAUGAGAGUAGGUGACAUCCCCCAGUACUCCCAGCUGGUGUUCAGCGUCUGCGAGACCCUCCAAGAAGAGGUGAUUGCACUCUUGGACCAGACCCGUCACAGCCUGGCCUCGGGCACUACCCCAGAGGACAAGGACAGUAUGGAGACAGACGAUUGCUCUCGGCCUCGGCACAAGGACCAGCGGGAUGGGCAGGUGUGCGUCCUGGGGCUGCACCUGGCCAAGGAGCUGUGUGAGGUGGAUGAAGAUGGUGACUCAUGGCUGCAGGUGACCCGCAGACUCCCCAUCCUGCCUACCCUCCUCACUGCCUUGGAAGUGAGCCUUCGCAUAAAGCAGAACCUGCAUUUCACCGAGGCCUCAUUGCACCUGCUACUCACCCUGGCUCGCACCCAGCAGGGAGCCACAGCUGUGGCUGGAGCCGGCAUCACCCAGAGCAUUUGUCUGCCCCUUCUUAGCGUGUACCAGCUCAGCUCCAAUGGGACGGUGCAGACACCUAGCACUUAUCGCAAGUCCCUAGAUGCCCCCUCUUGGCCAGGGGUCUACCGCCUGUCCAUGUCCUUGAUGGAGAGGUUGCUCAAAACCCUGCGCUACAACUUCCUGACUGAGGCCUUGGACUUCGUGGGUGUUCACCAGGAGCGGACCUUACAGUGCCUGAACGCAGUGAGGACGGUGCAGAGUUUGGCCUGCCUCGAGGAGGCGGACCACACUGUGGGCUUCAUCCUGCAACUCUCCAACUUCGUGAAGGAAUGGCACUUCCACCUGCCGCAGCUCAUGCAAGAUGUCCAGGUAAACUUAUGUUACUUAUGCCAGGCCUGUACCUCCCUCCUACAUAGCCGCAAGAUGCUGCAGCACUGCUUACAGAACAAAAAUGGGGAUGCCAUGCCCUCAGCAGUCGGCCCCCGAGGCCAGCGGCCACCCACAGCUGCCCCGGCGGCUCCCUCUUGCUCUGCCUCCAAGCAGCAGACUGCUGACACAGAGGCCGCGCAACAGCGAGCCCUGCACACUGUCCAGUAUGGCCUUCUGAAGAUCCUCAGCAGGACUCUGGCAGCCCUGCGCCACUUCACUCCCGAUGUCUGUCAGAUCCUGCUGGAUCAGUCCCUGGACCUUGCUGAGUACAACUUUCUAUUUGCCCUAAGCUUCACCACCCCCACCUUUGACUCCGAGGUGGCCCCUUCCUUCGGGACCCUUCUGGCCACAGUGAACGUGGUUCUGAACAUGCUUGCAGAGCUGGACAAGAAGAAGGAGCCCCUCACGCAGGCCGCAGGGCUCAGCACACAGGUGGAAGGGACCAGAACAUUAAAGUCCCUCCUGAUGUUUACUAUGGAGAACUGCUUUUACCUGCUCAUCUCCCAGGCAAUGCGGUACCUGAGGGACCCAGCUGUUCACCCCCGAGAUAAGCAGCGCAUGAAGCAGGAGCUCAGCUCAGAGUUGAGCACGCUGCUCUCCAGCCUCUCACGCUACUUCCGUCGGGGAGCACCCAGCUCCCCUGCUGCUGGCAUCCUCCCCUCGCCUCAGGGCAAGUCCACCUCUCUCUCCAAAGCCAACCCUGAGAGUCAGGAGCCUCUGAUCCAGCUGGUGCAGGCCUUCGUCCGGCAUGUACAAAGAUAGGGCAGGGGCAUGCUGCCUACCACUCUCUGCCAGCCUGUGGUGCCCAUCAGCGCCUGAGUACGGCCCCAUUGCCCUCUCCAGAGUAGCCACGAUUCCAACCUCUCACCAUGGUCAACAGCGGGGAUGGGGAGCCCAAGGCCCCAUGUGCAGGUCCUCACAUUAAAGAGGCCCCAAAGAAGUGAAUUCCUUUCCUUCCAGCAUUCCCCAUAGCACUUGACCCCACCAGGGAGAGGCCGGGGACCAGUGCCAGGUGCAGUUCAAGAGGAAGACUGUGUGCACGGGUUUGAAUAUGUUUUCCAUGCUCUGUUCUUGCAGUUUUUUGGUAAUACUGUGGUCUAUUUAUACGAAUAUUAAAGUACUGUUUAUAGA